AUGUCUCUCUACAAGCAAUUGAACAAAUGCCUCAUCCCUUGCCACGAAGACUCAGAGUUCCUCCCACUAAGCGAAAUCAAUGCUAGAGUAACCGAAGCCAACAUCAAAGUGGAAAUCCCCGUCAGGAAGCGAUGCUUCUCAAAUCGCAGUCUACCAAGAACAAUAUCAAGCCAGGCCAGAGUCGUAUUUUCCAUCCUAGUUCUCAUUCAAGAAACGACCGCCAUUGUUGACCUUGUUUGUCGAGAUAACAUCAGGGACGAAGAUCUCCCUCUUACUAGACAAUCCGUCAAUGGAGAUGACGUAAAUGUCCUUAUAUCUCCCAAGACUGGCAAGACUUUCUCCUCAUUUUCGUUCUGGCCGAGGGAGGCGAGCGUGCGAGACUUUCUAAACUUUCAAUGGCUGGUGCAAGCGCCUGUACUGGUUCUCUUAGACUGUGUUAUGAAAUGCAAAAGUGGCCCGAACAGUGUGCUGCAUAAAUGCAAGAUCCACGGAGCUCACCAGACACUCUUCAAGAACAACCCGGAGCCCUAUGUUGCUGUCAAGGAGGUUGCCAACGAUGAGGCUUUCGAGCAGGAAAAGGCAAACCUGGAGCUUACACAAUCCCUCAAUCAUGAACACCUUAUCAAAUUAAUCGCUACCUGUCAGAAGGGGCCCGUUUGCUACUUCAUAUUUCCUUGGGCCGACGGCGGAGAUCUGAGAGACUUUUGGAAAGCCAAUGACAGCAAAGAGCGCACCCAAGAACUCGUCUUGUGGUCUCUUCGCCAGAUGCUCGGCAUAGUCAGUGCAAUCAACGCCCUCCAUGGAAAAAAUACCCGCCACGGAGAUAUCAAGCCACAAAACAUUCUUCAUUUUCUCAAAGCGCAUGAUGAUGCUACCAUUGACAGUAGAGGAAGACUGAUCCUUGCAGAUGUUGGUGUCUCCAAGAUCCAUCGAGAGAUUACCAGCAUGAGGCAAGACCCAACAAACUGCCAGCAGUCCACAGUCACAUACGAAGCACCCGAAGCACAACUAGAUCAACGCGAUGGCAAGACAAAGGCAAGGAGUCGGCGUUACGAUAUGUGGUCUCUAGGCUGUAUGUUCUUGGAAUUCACUGUCUGGCUCGUCUUUGACUACAGCACCAUCAGAAGCUUCAGAAAGUCGAGGCGUGCCCGAGAUGAUCCCAAAGACGCGUUUGGAAGCUUCUUCGUCCAGACUCCAGACAAUGUGAUAGAGAUCCACUCGGCAGUCAUUGAAGCUGUUGGUCACCUCCGGAGUCAGCCACUUUGCGGCGAUAAUACUGCUUUGGCAGAUCUUAUCCUGCUUAUUGAAGAUGACCUAUUGCAAGUUGACGCCGAGAAACGGAUGGAAGCUCCGAAACUCUUGGAAAAGCUUGAGAGAAUCACUCUUAAGGCCGAAAAGAGCUCCGAUUACUUGUACCCAAUAUGA